CUUUGGCUCGACCAAUCACAGAGAACACCUCACUCAGCUGAUUCACGCGGUCCAUGGUUCGUGUGCGGUUUAGUUGUACGCACUGACUACAGCUAAAUAGUGCAGUAUCGCGUGCUUCUCAUGUUAAAAGUUGUCAUUGCGCAUUAUAUAACGUUUCGUUAUCGCUGUUCCACCUGUAAGGACAGAUACUGAACAACACAAUACAUUUUCCAAGUCCUUACAGUUUCGCUCACCUGUUGGUCGCUUCUCACUCACUAUGGCCACGCGAGUUCGACCGAGUAAUAAACGGUGUGCAGUGGUCGGGGGGUCUGGUUUCCUGGGCAGACACUUGGUGGAGAAACUGUUGGAUCGAGGCUACUCUGUUUCUGUGUUUGACAUCCGUCAGAGCUACGAGCUGCCUAGCGUCACCUUCCACCAGGGAGACCUCUGCGACAAACAGGUGCUGCUGCCAGCGCUGAAGGAUGUGUCCCUGGUCUUCCACUGUGCCUCCCCAGCACCCGCCAGCGAUGACCGCGGGCUGUUUGAGAGAGUCAACAUUCAGGGCACACGCACCGUUAUUCAGGCCUGCAUCGAGGCUGGAGUACAGAAACUGGUCCUGACGAGCAGUGCCAGUGUGGUGUUUGAAGGGAAAGACGUUAAGAAUGGGAGAGAGGAUCUGCCAUACGCCAAAAAGCCCAUUGACUAUUACACAGAGACCAAGAUUGUGCAAGAAAAGUUGGUCCUCGAGGCUUGUGACAAGGAGAAGGGUUUCCUCACAGUUGCCAUCCGGCCUCAUGGCAUCUUUGGCCCUCGGGACCCACAGCUGGUUCCUAUCCUUGUGGACACCGCUCGCAGGGGCAAGAUGAAGUUCAUCAUUGGUGAUGGGACCAAUCUGGUGGAUUUCACCUUUGUGGAGAAUGUAGUUCAUGGCCACAUCCUGGCUGCUGAACGCCUAAGGCCGGACUCGCCCAUAUGUGGAAAACCGUACCACAUCACCAAUGAUGAGCCAGUUAAAUUCUGGGACUUCAUGUCUGAGGUGUUGGUGGGUCUGGGAUAUGCUGCUCCCCGCUACCACCUCCCCUACAUUCUUGUCUAUGGACUGGCCCUGCUCCUCUGGCUGCUGGCCCUCAUCCUGCGCCCUCUUGUGUCCUUUAAACCCACUUUUACACCAAUGAGAGUGGCCCUGGCUGGAACCCACCACUACUACAGCUGUGACCGCGCCAAACAGGACCUGGGCUACAAACCGUUAGUCAGUGUGAAGGAGGGGAUAGCACGCACGGUGCAGAGCUACCCUAAUCUCAGACAAGGGGCUUGAUGGUAGACUGGAAGAUUAGGAUAUGUUCAACUGUCAGUGUUAGUGCAGUUAUGGUGAUCAGGCCACACUGAAUGGACAAUUCAAAAUGAGGGAACAGGUGGUUUAUGUGUAUCCAAGCCCCACAAUGUGCAGUAUUUGUGUGCCUUUUCAAUGUGCAUGUACCAUUUUCACCAGCAGGAGGCAGCAGACUGCCCUAGUUUCGGUCCACACACUGCUGUCUGAUAUUACAAAAGUUUUAAAGCACUUAGUGAAUGGUGGAAGCACAGUUUAUGACAACUGAAAUAUACUUCUUACACUGUGAAAACUGCAAAGAUGUACAAAUAUUAUUGUUCCAUGUGUUUCACCCGUGUGAUGUUGGCACUUUGAGAUGCUGCUGUUUUAUGUCAAAAUGCCUUAAUACAUUUCACUAAACUAUGAUUCUACUGAUA